AGAGAAUAGUAGAGAGAGAUCAAGAAAAGGGUCCAUUCACCUUUGUGGUUGAUAAGCUUUUAUAGAGAGAGAGAGAAAGAAAGAAAAAAACAGUAACUAAAGAAAAGAAAAAAUAAAAUAAAUAAUCUUUAGUUAUUACCAAACUGAGUUAUAAACGGUGGCUGUGUUCUGUGUCAAGAACUUGAGAUUUAUACUAUUCAAUAAUAAAGAAGAUAAAUUAAAAAAAAAAACAAUCAAAGGGUAGAAAAUUUUACUUGGAUUGCUAAUAUAUAUACACAUAGGGUGAACAAGAGAGAGACUUUUGGAGAGAGAGAUGGUGGGCUCAGGAGGAGCAGAUAGGAGCAAAGAAGCUGUUGGGAUGAUGGCCCUUCAUGAGGCCCUUAGAAGCGUCUGUCUCAACUCAGACUGGACUUACUCUGUUUUCUGGACUAUUCGUCCUCGCCCAAGAGUCAGGGGUGGUAAUGGUUGCAAGGUUGGAGAUGAUAAUGGAAGCUUGAUGUUGAUGUGGGAAGAUGGUUUUUGCCGAGGCAGAGUAGGAGAUUGUCUAGAAGAGAUUGAUGGAGAAGAUCCUGUUAGAAAAGCAUUCAGCAAAAUGUCUAUCCAAUUAUAUAAUUAUGGAGAAGGGUUAAUGGGAAAGGUUGCUUCAGAUAAGUGUCAUAAAUGGGUAUUCAAAGAACCUUCUGAAUGUGAACCAAAUAUCUCCAACUAUUGGCAGAGUUCUUUUGAUGCUCUUCCUCCAGAAUGGACCGAUCAAUUUGAGUCUGGCAUUCAGACCAUUGCAGUCAUUCAAGCUGGCCAUGGACUUCUGCAAUUGGGUUCCUGCAAGAUUAUACCUGAAGACCUUCAUUUUGUGCUAAGAAUGAGGCAUACUUUUGAAUCUCUAGGCUACCAAUCUGGUUUCUAUCUUUCCCAGCUCUUUUCCUCAACCAGAAAUACUUCAUCUUCAUCCCCAAUUCCUUCAAAGCAAUCUGCAAUUCCAACUCGCCCACCCGCGCCCCUAUUCAACUGGGGUCAAAGGCCUCUCCCAUCUGCAACUUCUAUGCUUUCUUCACCAAACUUUCAAAACCCAGCAGCUAGACUUGGAUUUCCACAAACCAAAGAUGAACCCCAUAUGUUCCUCCUUCCUCAUUCAGCUGAAACCCGAAUGGAGGAGAUGAUGGGAGAACAUGAAAAUGAUAUUAAAUGGCCUAAUGGGUUGACUUUCUUCAACGUUCUAACUGGACGAACCGAUGAUGCUAAGCUUUUGUUUAACCCUGAGAGCUUCGGAAACAAAGCAGACCAAAAUCCAAAUGCAAAUGCAGAAGCUACAACUAUGCAUAAUACUGGCAGUGCAAACCCUAAUGAGUUCCUGAGCUUAGAUAGCCAUCCAGAGAGUGCAAGAAAAAUGGAAAACAAGUUCAAAAGAAGCUUUACUUUACCUGCAAGAAUGGCAACUUCAUCUUCUUCAACUUCAGUUGAUCAUCAUCAGCAACAACCUGUUGAGUACAGGAAUUCCGAAGCAGGGAUGUAUUCGGAUGUGAUGGAGACUUUCUUGGAAUGACUGUAUUAGAGGAAGUUUGUAUCUAGGGAAAGUUUUUUUUUUUUUUCACUUGCGCUCUUGGGAUUCUUGUGUUUGUCUUUAUGUUCCUUUUACUAGUACUUGUGUUUCUUUGUAUCAGUCCACUGAACUUUCUGAUCAUUAAUUUGUCGUAGUAGAUCAUUAAUUUUGAAGCUCAUUAACAUGA